UACAGAACUCCAGGGACGCGCUGUCGAAAUCUGCUGAUACUUGUCCGGAAAUUGGCGGGGGUCUACGUCCGAAGUGUCACACUUGCCCAAAGCUCCAGAUUUCAAAGCCCCCCCACCCAGAAAAAACAGUACUCUCCAUGGAUUGUUCGCCCCAGAUCCAAGCCCCCAACUUGAAGUCCUGGAUAUCGAAUGGUGCUCACAGCACUCCUCAAACCUACGACGGCGCCCUUCCGCACGAUCACUACAGUAGCACGACUCGUGAGAAUUGACGGACCUGGCCUUAGUCCGCAAUAAUAGCAAAGGUCAAAAUGCCGGCCGUACUGAAGAGCGCCUCGGCGAGCCUCCCUGCAACAGCUUGUCAACACGAGCGCACGUUCAAGUCAGAGGAAUCGCAUGGCCUCCCGAAUGCUCUUGAUACCUUCGAGGUACUCUCCUCUCACAUCUCCGAACUACGUCAAACGUUUCCGGACACAAUCGCCCAGUUACAAACCCAGGCUUCGGGAGACAAUACUUUAAAGCUGCCGGAUACUGACAAAGGGUCGGUGCCAAUGGGGCUGCGGCAGUCUGCGGCUUGCAUACAGCACUUCUGCCUGUAUGGCGACAAGGCUUUGAACUCACUACUGGAACGUGGAACAUUGGGAGUGUUUGUCGACCUGCUCUGUGCCCACGAUUUAUCGAAAACCUGUAAACUGCUGAUGUUGGAGGCGCUCAACAAUAGUCUGAUGGAACCGAAAGUUAUGGACUGGUUCCUCCAUCAUCCAGUUAAAUCGGAUAGACAUGAUGGAGAAGCGUCGAGCGUUCAGACCUCAUACGUCGCUGGUCGGAUAGUGCCGUGGAUGUUCCAUGAGCGGGACAUGAGGGUUUUGAGGAUGCUCGAAGUCCUGGCAGCGAAAAUAGCCGCGUACGAGGCUUGUUCUACAAUAAGGCAAUUCGCUGACAGCCUGCAACAGGAUAUGGAGGCGAGCACGCCGAAAUCGGACGUGGAUUUGGCCAAUGCUAUCGACCAAUGUAGCAGAGCUUUCAAAGCUAUAUGCACCGCGAUGGACGGCAUUCAGGCUAGGCCCUCGGAUAGGAACACUCCGCAUCCCCACGAAGAUUGCGGUGUCAUAUGCUACAGAUACCUCACGAAGUAUUCAAUCAUGGAAUCAAUAGGAAUCAUACUGGAAGCCACUGGGAAGGGAAAUCAUUCGAAAGCCCCGAAGCUGCUCGCUUCUAUCAUGCGCUUCUGCUGCACUCUGCUGAGUAAGGCGGACUCGGUGCUGUUCCUGUUCCCGCCAAUUGUGCCUAGUGCGACAGUGCCUCUUGGCCGAACGUACGCCCCUCAGUGGCUCCAAUCCUGGGGUCGCCGAUUAGAUGUUGAGCUGAAGUCGGAUCAACCUAACGAAGACCCAAUGGAUGAUGGACGAAUGGAGAGCAUGGGUCUCUACGAUGUUUUGGCAAUGGAAUCCAACAUCUCGCCGGCCUUUGAAAUUGACGGGCGUGCAAUCUUCUCGAUGAUGGAGCAACAUUACAAAGCACUGUCGAUCGUCCGUAAACUUACAACAUCGCUCCGCACGGCAGCGGCCAGCCCAACCAUCGUUCUCGUACAGAAGCAGCUGUUGCGAUCGGUGGUCGGCAUGCUUGGGCCGAAUAUCGGUCAGCAGGCCGUAGUCUCCGCUCUCACAUUGACUGAUGGCUUUGCCGCUCUUGUGCGAUAUGCCGCUGGGCUUAGUGGACCGACAAAACUGGGACAAGAAGCGCUCGAUACCGAGCUGGCGCUUGAGAUUUUGUCGGUGUGUGUGGAGAAGGCGGAGGUUGAUUUGUUGGCAUUGCUCAGUGGAAACGAAGAUACAUUGCGCAACACAACUAGCGCUCCAGCAUACCUGCGAUCGUACCUCGAAUCCUCAGAGGUGUACAAAAGUCAUGGGCUGGGUGGCGUACUCCGCAUUCUAUGUCGGAGGGGCGAGCUGAACAAUGAGGAGGUUUUUGGCCGCCUUUACACAGUAAUUCAAAUUCUUUUGAGCGAAUCAAGAAAUCGGGAUACAUUCCGCGAGAUUAUCGCUUACGUGGAUGAACAAGAGCUUGUAACAACUCGAGGGACGUUAGCCGAAGCGGGAAUUUUGCAAUCUGUCAUCGAAUUGUUGGACGACUGCGUUGAAGCCAUUUGCAAGCUCGACUUCUCUCGGAAUUCGUUCCAAGACGUCAGCUUGAACGCAUCACUGGGCUCCCCCAAAGUCGUGGAGGAAGUCUCGCCGAACAGCGGAUCGACAUUCGCUCAAAAUCACAGGCUUCGACAAGCUGCCUUGCGUCUGAAUCAUCUGGCGUUGCGUCUGCUUCAUCGCAUUAUAUCGGCCUACGAUUUCGCGAUUCCAUCAGUUCGAGCCACACAUACACGGUCUCCCCCUGUGAUUCAGGUCGACAGUAGUGGUGGUACUCUGAGAUUGAUGGAUGCCGAGCAGGCGCUCAGCUCUAAGGGAUCUCGUUCGCAUGAGGGUGCCAACCGGCCCGCAGCACCUUUUUUCAACGUUCCUUCCGUGAUGCUGCGUUUGCUGCAUGCAAUCCACGAGCCCCCGGACAUCGAAACAGUUCAUGAUUCGUCAAACUCAACGACGCAGUCCGUCCGCUCGACAUCAUUGCAGGAACUCUACACUGCCGAUAUAAGACGCAGUAUUCAACGCAUUAUGCAAGACUUGACUGCGGCAAUUGUCGUUGAUAGCGGCAAGGAAUCCAACUUCCCCGGGCGAGUAGUGGUGCGGGAUGGCACACACUCCGCCAGAUCCGCUAUGCUUCCGAGAUUCAUGUUACCACUGAGCGCAACGCUGAGAAGCAUUUUUGAUCAGAUACUCCACGCCCAGCCACAACAGCUUCUGACGGGAAUGAAGGUGGUCGUUUCGUUGCUACCGGCUUCAACCACGAGUCCCGAUGCGUACAAGGAAUUCGGCGACGUAAAAGGCCCAUCCUUCACGCGUGCCAAGCCAGAUGAUGCCACUCUCGAUUUGGCGAAACAGUACUGGGCCUCGGCACUUCGUUUUCUUCGAGCGGAGGUGAUGAGCCUCAUACGGCUGUGUGGGUCCACGGCAUCCAAGCCACUCUUCGAGCAAGCAAUGCUAUUCCUCAACGGGGUGGUCGACAUCAGUGUCACUGCUGAUCCAGAUGAUGCAGAUUUGGGAAAUGGUGCUGUGCAGCUGCUGUUAGAAGAAAUCAUCAAUGCAACCAAGGGAACAUCAUCGCCUGCCGACGCAGGAAUGGGAUCUGCAUCUGGACCAGAGAGCCACCCUUCACAAGGCAGGAAAUGUGCGCAGUGGCUGACGCUGCUGCAAACGGUUGGUGUGUCGCUACCAGGAAGGCAGACUUUCCAACGGAUCGAGAAAGAACAAGGAACUGUCCUCGACACGAUCCUCGAUACACUCGUAGGCUUUGGAAGCGACGAGACCGUCAUACGCGCCGCUCUACGUUGCUUGCGACGGACGAUCGACGCCCUUUGCGAACCUUCGUCCGACGAAACUGCGGCGACGGGGCGGCAUCCGAAUGCAAAGAUAGGACCUGCGAAAGCUCGACGAAUGGUCAAUGAACUCCUUCGCAUCCAUACUACAUCUACUUCCGCUUUCAUCCGGCUCGCUCUCUGCAAGGAAAUCUACCAUAUUACGACAUCGGUACCGGUUGUCUACUCAAAGCAGGAUGUACGAGAAUCGGUCAGUAUAUGGCAACAAGCGCUAAUCCCUUUACUGGAAGUGGCCGAUUCACCGGACGUGACCCUUCACUUGUUGCGCGGCCUUGGCAAUGUCAAGUUUUCCUCGAAGACUGCUGGCACAUCAUUUGCGAGGAUGGUGUGCGAGGUGGACAGUGCGGCCGUAGACAACCCGGAAACCGCUCGCUACCUCCGACGUCUCUGCGGUAUACUCGCGCUGGAUGUGGGGAAUGAAAUGGGUGUGCCCGUGAUCCUGCAGAUGCUGGUGGAUCGUAUGCCAGGGGUGGACCAGACGAUUCUUGAGCACGCACUCGUGAUGAGGCCAGGUGGGGAAGGAGUUGGGCAGGAUCUCGGUGGGGCAGAAGGAGUGCUGUCAACUAAUCAAGCGGUUUCAAUGCGGCUGGGCACCCCGCCUGCGAGCCUGACGGCGAGCAUUCUAACUUCAUUCGACUUUGUUCGACAAGGCGCCAUGGAUGAGAAUGGGAACAUCAGCUUGGAAGCUGCGAUGGCCGCCGCGCGGGCAUUCGAGGAAGAUAUUCUCCGACCCGACGAACUCCGGGACGAUCUUGCCGGCCAGGACACUCCAGGUGCACCGCUCCCACGGCAGCUACAGCAAGGGCAAGGACAAGGCCCUGGACUUGCACCGGGCGAUCUAACCGUCCCAGGGAUGCCGAUGAUGGUGGCGUACCGGCAAUACAUGAAAGAUGAAUUCCGCACCACGCAUCUGAUGAAGCGGAAGAUCAAUGUCAGUCGACCUCCUAGCGUGCAUGUGGAUCAAUUUGGCGAAAUCGGCCCUGCGGGACAGUCGAGUGGUAAUAAUCCCCCUAUACCUGCUGGCCUGGCUUUCCAGCAGCAGCCUAUGAUGGGUAUGCCGCAUACUCCGAGGCUUUCGCCAUUCAUGCGGGCUCCGAUACAGCAGUCCAUGCCGUUCUCGUUCCCACAACAGCAGCAACAGCAGCAGCAGCAGCAGCAGCAACAACAACAAAUGCCCGGACGGCAUCGCGUACCCUCCGGCCCUCCCGCGGCCAUGUGGUGGCCCAACCGAGAAUGGGACGACGGACGAGGCGGUGCGGCAGCUGCGACGGGAUGGUGGGACCCCGAGAUGUCGUUCGGCAUUCCGUUCAAUCCACAAGCCGGCGAACUGUUUCAUCCUAUGCAAGCGCAGCAGAUCAUGUCGUCGCCGCAAAUGGGGAACCAGCAGCCUAUGCAGCCACCGAUGGGUACACCGAUGGGCGCGACGCAGCAGCAGUAUGAGUACAUGUCGCAGCAGCAGAAUAUGCCGCAACAGCGCCAGCACCAGGAACAGGGAUGCAGCCAACCGCAGAUUUGGACGUAUCCGCAGGCAGGGUUUGGGUUUCCAAGAUGGGGAUGGGCGGGAUGAGAUUCCCGAAGAUUCCGAGGGUGUGGAGUGUUGGCGGUAUCAUCACUGAUCAAGCAUUCCGGGAAGCCAUAGCGGCGGAUCGAAGUGCAUAGGCACGAGAUUUUGGUUUUAGUUUCUUGGGUUAGCUCUGGAGUACGUAGCUUAAUAUCAUCGUAUCGAAGUUUCAUAGGCACGAGUUUUUGGUUUUGGUUUCUUGAGGUAGCUCUGGAGUAGCU